ACGUUUCCCUCCCGCCCCGCCCCCCGCGCUCUUCAUGUCUGCCGAGGUCGCUGGAGUAAUGAAGGUUGGCCCGGGGUACCUCAGAGUCACCCGGCGCGUCGGCCCCGUAACCGUCCUCGUUUGCCCCACUCCAGGCCUCCCCCUAGACCCUGACGGAGCCGUGACUGAAAGCUCCGCUUAUUUUCUGACGUAAUUCAGUUCCUCAAACUUUUUCUCAAGCGCUUCCUCCGAACCAGCACUCAAGAUGGAUUUUUUAGUUCUUUUCCUGAUUUACUUGGUGUGUGUUCUGACUAGUGUUUUACUGCUGUGCAUAUAUUCCAAAAGGACCCAUACCUUGGCAGGAGAAAUCCUGACAGAUGAAUCACAGGUAUUUUCACGUUUUAUUCCAGGGUGGCUACAAAGAGCUACACAAAAGGCAUUUCAUCACCUCUUUCAUACACGAAACUACGUAUUCAUCAUCCUACACUUGGCCUUAGAAGGGGCUGUUUAUAGUGAAUACACUUGGGAGAUAUUUCACUACUGUCUAGAACUGGAGUUCUCACUGUAUCAUCUUCUCCUGCCGUAUCUGCUGUUGAUUAUAAACCUGUUUUUUUUCUUUUUGAUUUGUACAAGCAACCCUGGGAUAAUAACAAAAUCAAAUGAAGCAUUACUUCUUCAAGUUUAUGAAUAUGAUGAGGUGAUCUUCUUGAAAAACAUGAAGUGCCCUACCUGUGACUUGAGGAAACCAGCAAGGUCAAAGCACUGUAGUGUAUGUAACAGAUGUGUACAUCGUUUUGAUCAUCACUGUAUUUGGGUGAACAACUGCAUCGGUGCCUUAAAUGCAAGAUACUUUUUAAUCUACCUGUUGACAUUGACUGCGAUGGCUAUAACCAUUGCCAUCAUAACUACAGCAUUUCUAAUCCAUUUGGUGCUCAUAUCGGAUAUGACAUUGGGAACAUAUUUUGAUGACCACGGACAGGAACAACCUGUUGAUAUCGCCUUUCUUAUACAGUAUCUGUUCUUGACCUUUCCAAGAAUUGUCUUCAUGCUUGGAUUUGUUAUUGUACUUUGUCUCUUACUUGGGGGCUACGUAUGCUUCACUGUAUACCUGGCAGUCACCAACCAGACCUCCAAUGAGUGGUACAAAUCAAGUAAAGCCACGUGUCAUCGGUGCCAUAAUUCAGACUCUGUUCAAGAAAAAAUCAGUGCCUACAAGAACAUUUAUGCCAAGGGUGCUUGGACCAACUUACAGGAAAUUUUUAAGCCAAUUACAGAUUAUGAAAAAAAGAAAUAAGUGUGGAGAAUUUUAAAAUACAAAUUUGUUAAUAAAAUUAAAAGUACAAGUUCUUCCCCCUUCCCCCCAAGAGUUACUUUCCUAAUUUCUUCAAUAUAUUUAUUAAAAAGUUUCCAGGGGCUAUGAAAGCACUCCAUCUCCUAAACAUGUACCUUGUUGCCUCACUCAUUUUCUGUAAAAUGGGGAUUAUAAUACACUACCUACCUCACAGGGUUGUUGUGAGGAAUGCACUUUGUAAACCUUAAAGUACUAUAGAAAUGUGAGGUUAUUGUCAUUUACAAAUAUCAUUAAAUCCUGGCUAGUUGCCAAGUCUUGAGUAUUUUACAUCCUCUUUCAUAAGUGCCCCUUUUCUCAGCUCACAAGCCCACCACUCUACUUCAGGGUGCUGACACUUCUUCCCUAGACUGUUACAAUGCCCUUCAUAUCAGACUCUAGUCUGAAACCUUUUUUUCUGCAUAGCAGCUGAAAUAAAAAGGGUCAAGCCUGGCUAUGUCAGUUUCUUCUGUUCAAAGGCCUUAAGGGGCUCCGUGUUACCUCUGUGAUAAAAUACACAAACUCUUCAGCUUGUUAUUUAUUGUCCUUCACUGUCUGACUCUGGCCUAUCUUUCCAAUCUUAUUUCAUAUUAUUUACCUUCAUGCACUCGACAAACUCCAGCCAAAUGAACCUACUUGCUUUUCCUUAAACUCUACAUUCAGUCUUUUUUCUUCAUACUUUGCAUAGGUGUAAAGGUGUACUUACUGCCUGGAGUAGACUACCUUUUCACCUCUACCUCCUGGGAUUCCUUCAAGGCCCAACUUGUGUGCCACCUCUUAGAGGAAGCCUUUCUUGAUAUCCCUAGUUAUUAUUCUCUCUUGCGUUAUCUUAUGUUCACUUAUCUGUUUACUUCUUAUGUAUUUUAUAUCUCCUUGUAUGUAUGUGUAUUGUAUCCCUUCAAUAGAAUAUCAGAAUGAGCAAACAGAUGUUGUUGAGAAGAAUGUGAGGGGAGGGAUCAGAAGGAAAAAGAAGGAAGUUAAAACCCCAGGAUCAGGAGUAGGGCAAAUGAAAGAGAAGAGCUACAACAUAGUAGAAACAAACCAUUUCAUUCACAGUUCACUAAUAUUGGGCAAACUCUUGCUUUUACCAUCUUUGUAUUUGGAAAGGGGUUGAGGAGCAAAGAGAGGAAAAACUACAAGUGGACAGGAUGGAGGGAAAUAAUUCAAAAUCAUAACUUUUUUUUAUGAGAUAAGCUCAUCCAUAAAAUGGAAGAAGAUGGAUAAAUGGAUCAGAAUACAGAAUCCAAAUGGUAAUAGGAAGGAAUUUACAUAAGUUAGCCAUGUAUUAGAGCACCAAAUACUUGUACAAAAGAAGAAACACUAAAUACAUCAUUUGCUCAUUGGUAGGUUGAGCCAUUAUAAUAAAAGUUGUAAUUCUGC